GAAGAAGCCCAUGCCGAGCAAAUCUGGACCGUACAGUCGGUCUCCAUCCUGAUGAUCAAACUUUCCCUUUCCCUCACAGUGCAGUAGGGGCAUGUUUGGAAGAAUAAAAAAAGCAGGAGCCUGCAGUCUCGACGAGAGAAAUUUCGCAGUCUCUGCCUCUGCUAUUUAUAAAAUCACUCCAACCAUUUGAGUCUGUACACAAAAACAGGGAGCUAGCAGUAGGCUUUUUAGAGAGAGAGAAACAAAAACACAGAGAGAGAGAGACAAUAAUGUCAGGUGGCAUCGCACGUGGUCGUCUUGCCGAGGAAAGGAAGUCCUGGCGCAAAAACCACCCUCAUGGUUUUGUGGCGAAACCAGAGACACAGCCAGAUGGAACAGUAAAUUUGAUGGUCUGGCAUUGCACAAUCCCUGGAAAACUUGGUACUGAUUGGGAAGGUGGUUAUUUUCCUCUUACACUCAACUUCAGUGAAGAUUAUCCUAGCAAGCCACCAAAGUGUAAAUUUCCUCAGGGUUUCUUCCACCCUAAUGUAUAUCCAUCUGGAACUGUUUGCCUGUCAAUCCUUAACGAGGACAGUGGAUGGAGACCAGCCAUCACAGUGAAGCAGAUUCUUGUGGGUAUCCAGGACUUGCUGGACCAGCCAAAUCCUGCUGAUCCUGCCCAAACUGAAGGUUAUCAUCUGUUUAUCCAGGAUGCUGCUGAGUACAAGAAAAGAGUGCGCCAGCAAGCUAAGCAAUACCCUUCUCUUGUCUAAAUGAAAGCUAGCGUUUCUGAUUACUGUUGGUUCUUGGUAACUGUCCGUUGUCUGCAAUUGUGUGAUGCUGAACUUGUUUUUCCUGGUUAUAGUUGGAACUUGGUAAAUGUUGAUGGCCUUCGUAUCCUACUGCAUGGUUGAACUUCUGUUUUGUCCCAAAUUUGAUUCCUUUUAAUAUUUUACAGUACACUAGUUAGGGAAUGAUACCUGUUCGGGUUUAUAUCAGAUAGAAAUCUAAUGUUCCUCCUGAACGUAUUUCUGUAAUGAAUGCUAAACAAGAGAAAAUUUGGAUUGCGACUAUAGUUUAAGAUAAAAAGGCACCUUAUUCUCCACUGUUA